AUGGAACUUAUGCAAAAAUAUAGCAAAGAUAACAGUGCGGUUGGAACUGAGAAUCUUGACCGUUGGCUAGUUAAUUCGCUGGCUCAUCUCGUGGUAAAGAGUAUUCGUUGGUCCAAAGGCGAGCUGGUUGGGCUUGCUUCGCUUGCUUUAAUCUCAGCCCGCACCUUUUACUCUUUCGACCCUAGAGGCACAGACGAUGACUGA